CCUCUUAUAAACUACGCACACAAACGAACGGAAACUACGUUGUAUCACAACACAAAAAGAACACCUUCUCCAAGAUAUCAAGAUGGGUUUUCUCCGUACACUGGGCGACAAGGCCGACAGGUUCAUGCUGCACGCCACCAACGCUGCCGCUCUCAGCCGCGCAUCCAACACAGGUGGAGUUGAUUGUGUCCCCGCCGAAGGCCUCCCUCCGCGAUCCAAGGGCAACGGCCAGAGCCAACCUCCCCCACGCCAGUCGAAGAUGACGUGGGAAGAGACGCUUGCGGCAGAGAAGGCUGCGAAGGAGAAGGAAGCUGCUCUUGACAAAUGAGUGGAUGAUAAGGUGGAGACGUUCGAGAGUCUCAGGCAGUCGAAAGAGAAGAGUAAC